UUCAUAAAUUCUUUACCAUGUUUCAGUUGGUGUUAGUGGUUCUUGCCUUAAGAUCAGUCUUGGGUGAGGCUUCAAAUUGGGAGUGGCAGAGUCGUAUCGUAAAUGGCGAGCCAGCUGCAAUCGAGGACUAUCCCUACCAAGUUUCACUACAAAACGUAAAAAAUGAUCAUUUCUGCGGCGGUAGCAUUCUCAGCGAGGACAUCGUUCUUACGGCCGCCCAUUGCUUGGAAGGCCGAAAACCCGAAGACGUUAAGGUACGUUUGGGAUCGACAAUGUACGCUAGUGGCGGUGUUUUGGUAGAUGUUGAAUCGUUUAAAUCCCAUGAGAAAUUCAACUUCGAAGAGACUCGGGUUAAUGAUGUAGCUAUAAUAAAACUGGCUCAACCUGUGAAACAAUCGAGCACGAUACGUUAUAUUAAGUUAGCGGACAAGAAACCUGUAACUGGGCAUCCAGCUAUUGUAUCCGGUUGGGGCUCAAAUUGCUUUUUGGUUUGUGCCUUGUCCCCGAAUUUGAUGAGUAUAGAAGUAGAGUUUGUCGAUACUAAAGAUUGUGCGUCCACUAGCUAUGGGUACGGAAUGGAGAUUAAAGAAACAAUGGUUUGUGCUACUGCUAAAGGGAAAUCGUCAUGUCAAGGCGAUUCUGGUGGUCCGUUGGUUGCAGACGGCCAGGUAGUGGGUAUUGUAUCGUGGUCUGCAGGAUGUGCAGCUGAAGGCUAUCCAGGGGUUUAUAGUGACGUUGUGGCUUUACGUAGUUGGAUUGAAGAAGCAAUAAAUAGUUUGUAGAAUAGAAAGAGAAAAAAUCGCAAAAAUUAUAAUUAGAAAUUAAUAUUAAAAACAAAGAAUAUCAAAAUAGUUCAUUAGUAGUUAAUUAACUUCGAAGAAAAGAGAUGAACAAAGUAACUUUUUUUCCAUAUGUAAAAACGUAUUCUAGGUCCUCACAAACUCUCACAAGAAUUUGGAAACAAACUAUAUGAGAAUAUCGUGUGUUAAGAUAUAGUAGGGCUGUAAUAUACGAAACAACCGCAUUUGAUAAUAACAUAAAAUGAUAGGCAUAAUUAAAAUCAAUGCAGAGAACAACAACUAGAGUGCAUGUAGAGUUCGUAAUUUUAUCUGCCCUUUUUUAUGAACUGGCAUCACAUCGAAUUGAUUUGCUGAAUAGCAGAAGAAGACAAAGACAGUUGUGUGGAGAGUUCACGUAACGAAAUUUUAAGGAAAUUAAACAUAAAAAACUUAGUCCAGGUUUUUAAAACGAUAGUAGAGUUAUAUGUAAGUACCCACGGGACUCUAACCAAAAUUAGGCAACACAAAUGACAAUAAUCCCAUGCCAAAGGAUCCAAUCAAUCCGGUGCGUCACCGGUAGCGAGUAGUGGGAACACUUGAAAGUAUUUUCAAUGACAGGUGUCACCAGAGACAUAUCUUCAAGUUCUUGAAUUUUUUUUCUUCAAAUUCAACAAAUUAUUGACAAUUCGCAUAAAGUACAAGUUAAUGGCUAAUCGUGAAGAGGUAAAUGCACAAGUACAUUUAAAAGGAUUUUAUAUCAAAAUUGUAGCUUCCUUGAUGGAAAAUUCAAUACUCAAAGCCAUGUCCAUCACGAGCAACUCGUGAUUAUAUAGCGAAGAAAUUGAAAUCUAAAUAACUUACUUGUGGAGUUACUGUGGAACAAAACUAUCGUCACGUGUUUGUAAGGCUCGUUGUGCCUAAUAAGGCGGCCUGCCCUUACCCAAAUACAUUGAAGAUCCGAAUGAAUAAAAUUUUAGAAUUUAUAAAAGCUGACUUACGAAAAUAAAGUGGAUUGUGCAAAUUCUUAUGGAUUAAGCCCUUCGAUUGACUUAACUUACAUCAAAAUCCGAAAUUUUCUCGUCCUCGAAAAUAGAAAAUAGCCUUUAAUUGUGCCACAUUUAUACAAAUAUAGCUUUGAGUGUAACAAUAAUUCAUAAAGCGAGAAACAGAAAUAUUUGACAUUUUAAUAAAUAUCUAACGAAAAGACGCAUUUCAGUUACUUCAGUGAAAAAACAAAGGGCAGAAUAGCUCUUAUAA